AUGGAGAGGGAAGCGGGCGUGCUCGGUCUGAAAGAGUGGAGCACGGGCAUGGUCGCGGGCAACAAUGAUGCAGCAAUUCGCCACCUACUCACCCAACUCAAACAACAAUUCGCCCUCAAACAACUAGGGGACAUUUCUCUCUUCCUCGGAAUCCAGGUGACCCGUACUAAACAUGGUUUCUUUCUCUCUCAAGCACACUACGCUACCAAAAUCCUUAACGAUGCAGGUUAUAAGGAUUGCAAAGCCGCUCCAACCCCAAUCACUCCCGUCAAUCACCAGAAGAAACCAAACUUACAACCACAUCCGGAUCCAUCUCUUUACCGACGCCUCGCUGGAUCACUUCAAUACCUCUCGAUCACUAGACCCGACAUUGCGUAUGCCACAAACCGCGUCUGCCAACACAUGCAAACACCGACCGAACAGGAUUUUCAUGAUCUCAAACGGCUGCUUCGCUACAUUAAGGGCACCCUUACCUACGGCUUGCCUAUCACUCACGGAUCCCUGGACCUUCGCACUUACUCUGAUGCGGAUUGGGCUUCAGAUACAACCGACCGGAAGUCGGUGUCCGGCUUCUGCACUUUCCUCGGCCCCAACCUCAUCUCAUGGACGGUGAAAAAGCAAGCAACUGUCGCCAAGUCUUCCACCGAAGCCGAGUACAGAUCCCUCUCAGCUGCAGCGUCGGAUGUCAUAUGGCUAAGGAGACUUGCCGCCGAACUUCAGCUCACACAGCAAUCACCGACCACUAUCCACUGCGACAACACCUCGGCUAUGGCCAUAGCCAAAAAUCCGGUCUUUCAUGCCCGGACAAAGCACAUCGAGAUCGACUAUCACUUCAUUCGUCAGCAAAUCAACUCCGGCAACAUCAAACUCGAGCACAUCUCCUCCGCCGAUCAAAUUGCCGACAUCUUAACUAAACCAUUCUCGGUCUCAAGAUUCAUGGAAUUACGCUCCAAAUUAACCACUCGCUCACCGACUACUUAA